GAUCGAAGAUGCCCAGGACCCCUUCAUCGACAGAGUUCAAGAGGUCAGGUUCGUCUGGGCUCGGGUUGAAGCUGCCCCCCAGUAUCGAGGAUACGCACAUCGACAUGAGCAUCGAGAAGGGCACGCCUGAGUAUUGGAUCAUACGGAUGCCCCUUCGACAAGUGGCCGCGGGCUCCAAGCUCGGCAGCCAGUACAACCAAGCGAGGCUACUGUACAACAAACUUCCACCAGGAGAUGAUCGGAAUCGACUGGGUGCGCAUAUGGGGCUCUACGAUAAGGCAAUGCAGUUUGUCCCAGGCGCCAUGGAGAAGCUCAGCGACUCCGAGUUCGAGUUGUACUGCCAGGAGUUCGAUAAGGCAGGCGUGAUCUUCCUACCAGUGACCCACAUGGAGAUCUUUCGCAGGUCGGCCAAACCAUUGUGGGAAGCAUUCGAGAAGGACCCGACGUCACCUCAUAGCCACCACCAGCUCCAGAAGGUUCUCCGCAUGACGCAGAUCUGGACUGUCGAGAGUGAGCAGGCCAGCCCCUUCUCGUGGAAGAAGCCAGCUCUCGCAGAUAUCAGCUUCAACGUGGCCUCCGACAUGGAUGAUGCGUUCCUCAGCAUGGUCUUCGGCGAGCGCAUCGUCGCUUGGAUUGGGGCGGGGGAGAGCAAGGAGGUGCUGAUCAGCGAGUUCGCGCUGGUCGCAGCAAAGGCUUGGGAUUUGCCAGACGAUGCAGUCAUUGAGAAUACGUCUGCUCAGCUGUUGGUAGAUGCGACUCGCGUCAUCAGAGUCUUGAGGUACAUCAGCGACCAGAACAUCACCCACGAGACUGACGUAGCUGUCUUCGAUGACGUGGCGGCCUUGGAGGAGGCAGCCUACAAGACGACAAAGAAGAAGAACCUCAUGAUCAUGGUGGGGGCUGCCGUGCACGAGAAUACCAUGUGGAAGGCGCGUUUGCAGAUUGCCACGAGGAGGAACGAUCAAAUGAAGAUGCACGCCCCGAAAAUCACGAAGCUGUUGACGGACCUUCGCGCGCAUGAGGUGCCCGCCCCGACGAAGGAGCUGCGUGACCUGAUCAAAUCGUCUCUCGAUGACCUGCCCUACUUGCGCACCGCUUUGGUGGAGGGCGCCGCUGACGAGCUUGAGAGCGUGACGGUGGACACGUUGCACAAGGCACUUGGGAAGUGGACUGACACGGGCCCUGAGGCCGCUGCGGUUGCGCCGAGCACCGCGGAGGAUAAUGAGUUGUUGGUCUCUUUCAGGAGGUUGGCAGUCGCUGGAUCUGAGCAGCGCCCAGCCUACGAGAACUUGAAGCGAGACAUUGACAGCCUGAACCGGAUCAUCGGCAACGUCGCUGCCGUUGCCAAGAUAGGCAACAUCAAGGUGUUCAUCGCCCGUGCCAACGCCGACGAAAAGAUCAGCAUCAAAGACUUCAAGGAGCUGGCGGGCGGUGUGAAUGCAGAUUUGUUGACUCCAGCUGACCACGCCCACAUGCUGGCCACGUUCGCUGACGUCAAGAAGGAUGUGGCCACGUUCCUUGCAUCCGCGAGGGCAGUGCUCAAGUUGCAGCGCUCGUACCUUGCCCUGAAUGCGAAGGUGGUCGACAACAGCGACGAGCUUGCUGCAGAUGGCCCUGAGAGGCAGGCCGCGCACGUGAAGAAGGAGCUGGCCAAGACCAUCAAACAGUUGAAAGCACCGCUCUCCGACGUGAUCCAGCCAGGCUUGGCAUUGCACUUUUCCGACACGGCCCAUGAGGUGUUGGCAAAUGCUAAGGGCCGCUACAUGGACGUGGCCUUGUCGUGCCUGGAGAAGCGUGCGUCAAUUUUGAAGGAGAGCAUUGAUGUCGCGAAGAAGCACAGCACGGAGAAUGCUCAGCUGGGCCAUUGGAUUACCAGGUCAACGUCCGAGUGGCACGAGAUCAAGGACCUGGCGAAGGAGCACAUCGAGACCUUCGACGGGGACAUCAUCAUCGAGAAGGUGAUUCAGGUCGAGCAG